AUGACCUUCGACGAGGUUUCCAUGGAACGCAGCAAGAGCUUCGUUAAGGCCUUGCAGGAGCUCAAGAACUUGAGACCACAACUCUACUCUGCUGCUGAUUACUGUGAGAAGUCUUAUCUACACAGCGAACAAAAGCAACUGGUGUUGGACAAUUUAAAGGACUAUACUGUAAAGGCUCUUGUUAACGCUGUUGAUCACCUUGGUACUGUUGCUUCUAAGCUUACUGAUCUCUUUGAUCAGCAAAGUUCUGAUGUAUCAACUAUGGAGUUGAGAGCUUCUUGUGUUAGCCAGCCUCAAAUCCCGGCCUUCACAGUACCACAACUUUCUGAAGCAAUGGCGGUUCUUCACGAAACAGCUAACAAUCUUAAGGUUCCUCUGGAAGUAAUAGCGCCUCUUGACCUUAAAAAGUUGGAUGGAAUUGCACUUGGCUUGUCUGGGGAUCUUCAGCUUGUAAAUGCAGCUAAAGUCUGUGUUCUUCUUGGUCAACAAUCUCUAGCGUACAUUUAA